CAGCAGCAAUGGGAGGCCCGUAAUCUGCCAGCACCCUAUGACAAAAUGGAACCCACCAGCAGUGUGAGGAGACCUGAAAGUGGCACAUGGCAGAGUGUGGCGAUGGAGACAGCAGCAAUGGGAGGCCGUACAGGGACCCCUGGCAGAUUACGGGCCUGGCAGCAGCAAUGGGAGGCCCGUAAUCUGCCAGCACCCUAUGACAAAAAAUGGAACCCACCAGCAGUGUGAGGAGACCUGAAAGUGGCACAUGGCAGAGUGUGGCGAUGGAGACAGCAGCAAUGGGAGGCCGUACAGGGACCCAUGAGACACUCUGGACCUGGCAGCAGCAAGA